AUGAAGUCCUAUAAUGCACCUUUUCAGGCGGGAUGUUCUCCACGGCAGCAGAGGAGGGCGAGAAGAGGGAUUCCCCUGGUUUCGAUAACUGGAUGGGGGAAUGAUUGGGGACGACUUCUCAGGUGGCCGCCGAUUGAGAAAUACAGUAGCACAAUCCAGAGAACAAGGGCAGCAUCCAGAAUGGCUAGGAACGGGAAAUUGUCGUUGUUGGCGGCGAGGGUUUCAGAACAUAACUCGUUCUUGUCGGUGGCGAGGGUUUCAGAACAGAAAUCCUUGUUCUAG